GGCAAAGACUUGAAGUCGUCUCCCUGCAGCAUUGAGCUCUUCUACUUAAUUUGUUCCAACUCAAGUAAUAUAAAUAGUUGGUUGAUCGAUCCUAUGAUAAAUUAAAUGAGUGAAGAAGCAGAACACAUAACAAAAACAAAAUUCUAUUUUGAGAUUCAUUCAAUGGCUUGGAUGAAUAAACUUAUUUUCUUUUUGGUGUAUUUUGGUCAUGACCUAAUACUGCCUAUUCUUGGAAAAGAGCUCCAAGUACCACCCCAUUAUCAGGUGGUUAAUGUCAGUUCGUUGAUACCAAAAUCAUACUGCGAGAAGUCUACCUCAGCAAUCGGAUCGCAGAAAUUGGAAAUCGUGUCAAGACAUGGACCUUGCUUUCCAAAUGCUAAAACUCCAACAUCCGAUUCCGAGCAACUUAUGAAUUGGGAUCAAGUUAGAGUUCGUUCGAUCAAUAAAAAACUUAAAAAACCACUUGAAGGUAAGUAUGAUAACGGUGAUUAUACUGUAAAGAUAGGUCUUGGCACACCGCGACAAGACUUUUACUUAAUGUUCGAUACUGGUAGCACAAAGACUUGGGUGCGUUGCAAGUCCUGCACCAAAGGCUGCAAAUCAGUCGCUCCUCUCUAUGAUCCUUCAAAAUCAUCGACAUAUAUAAAUAAUACAGAUGGGUGCAACGGUCCAUUUAAUGUGAAUUAUAUCGAUAAUUCGUCUAUAAAAGGCAUUUGGGGAUGUGAUACUUUUACCGGAGAUAAUAAGGGUCUUGCUACAAUAAUGAAAUUUCAAUUUGGUUGUAGCCAAGAAAUUAACGGUGACUUUGAUGAUAUAUCUGGAAUACUUGGACUUGGUAAAGGAGAGUUCUCUGUAACGUCUCAAAUUGCUUCAACAAUGGAAAUGUUCAGUUAUUAUAUCCCAUCAAGAAGUAGCCUCACGGGAAAUUUAUAUUUUGGGAAUGAAGCCAAGGAAAUAUCUAACGCUUGUUCAUCAAAUAAAUUUACACCGUUGGUAGAAGGGAAAUAUCCAGAAAACUACUAUGUUGAUCUAGUCGGUAUAAGUGUAGCUGGAAAGAAACUCAACGUAUCGUCGACAACAUUUACUUCUCUAGGAACAAUUAUAGACAGUGGAACGGUCAUUACUCGAUUGCCACAAGUGGUAUAUUCUGCACUUCGUGAUGCAUUUAGACAGUACAUGUUGAGUUAUACAUUAUUAGACGAAGUCGAUGAGCUCAUGGACACUUGCUACAGCUUAGAGGGAAUCGAAUUAAUUGCGUUACCAGAGAUUAAAUUCCAUUUUGGAAAAGAAAGUAUUAUUGAUGUGACUUUGACAAAGGAGGGAACUCUAUGGACUCCACAUGAUAGUAAUGGAUCAAUAAUGUGUUUGGCUUUUGCUUCAACAAAGGAUUUCACCAUUAUUGGUAGCGUUCAACAACGUGGGUUGAAUGUGAUUUAUGAUUUGAAAGGUGAAAGAAUUGGAUUUGGCACCAACUGUCCAACUAAAUGAUCAGAGCCAGAGCCAUAUUUUGUAUUUUCAUAUUUCAUUGUUUUUAUUGUUACAAUAAAUUUUGUAAUCCUUUUUAAUUGUUACUUGUUUUAUAUAAUAAUAGAAACGUAAUUAAGCAA